AUGUCCCUCUCAGAUUUGAAACACUCCCUAAGGAAAUAUGAAUUUCCAGUAUGCGCUCAGGAAGCUCUCGUUAGAAUAGAACAAUUAUUAGCGGGUCGAACGGCACCUACGAGCAAGCAAUUGGUUGUAGCGAUGGAGAUAAUAUCAGAGUUCAUUUUCUGUGAGAGUGAUCGUCGCGGAGACAGAGGACGGGGGGCAGGCCUCAGUUCAUUGCAAGAACUACAACUCAUAGAUAUUUUAUGUGAAUAUUUGUCCUCUUGCAAUAAUGAGACUACAAAGAAUACAAUAUUCUUGUCGCUGUUUGGUGGUAUGGAAAGUCAGAGAAGAUUGAAGGUACUGAGUAUCCUGGCUAGCAUGGCAGUGUCAGCCUCUAGCACUCCGGUGUUGCUUGCUGUAGGAGUUUGGCUCCAGCAGACAGGCUGCUCAUCACCACAGUCUCUGCAACUAGCAGAGAAUCUUAUCCGUGAUCACUUCUACCUUAAUACAAAAAACCAGAAAGAACUCCGAAUGCUGGCAAAUACUGCUCCUCAAUUUAUUUCUAAUUUCAUUACUGCAGUAACAGAACUAUAUGUUCAUGAUUUAUCAACAAAAAAAAUGCCACCAAAGAAUCUUCUAGAAGUCAUCACUUCAUGGGUGUAUUCCAACCCAUCACUCUGUAUGUCCGCUCAGCUGAAGCCGGCGUCUUUACCGAGUGGCUCCAUACCCAUGGCGGCUGCCACUCCACUAGCUGGGCUCAUACGGUGGUGUGCUCUUGCUCCUCUGUGUCUUCCUAGUCAUGUAGAAGAUGUUGAGAUGAUGGAAAUAUCAAUACCAAUGAAAAAAAUUAAACUAGAACGUGAAAUUGAUCGUUCCAUAGUGACAACAGUGCAGCAGAAACAACUUUCAGAGGCUGAAUUGUAUAUCAAACUGCAUUUAGGAGUUUUACAUAGUUUAAGGUCCGGCAAACGAACCCAAGGCCCUCCGACUGCAGUUAACGCUCAACACCUCGCCGCGUUGGCGCCGAUCGUGCAAACGUACGCGCAUGACGUCCUCACACGAGGUCUUAAGCUGAGCAAUGAUGAGAAACUUCAGGAAUGUCUGAACCGACUCGGGCAAGCGGUUCAGGUAUCCCUAGCCAACGGCUGCGUGUACGGCAACGUCAACAACCUUCUGGCCUCCCUGGACACACUGCCUGAGAAUCGUCUCCUCCGCAUAGUCAUACGAACCCAUCAGCAGAACAUUUGACGAAUGUUAUGAGAUUUUGUGACUGAAUACAGGUCUUAGUCUUGGACUCAUUGAGCCGUGUACAGAGGUGUGGUGUAAUAAUGUUUUGGUCUGUGAUCAAAUCCACUGUAAAUAAAUGUAAAUUGAAUACAUUAUAAGGUAGAAAUUAGUUUUGUAAUAAAUAAAUAUUACUUAAACUUAGCAUGAUUUCAUUUUAUGAAUAGACUUUGAAACUAGAUCUUAUUUCAAGAAACAUUUCUUGUCAACUCACUAAUAAAUAACAUAAUGAUCAAAAUCAUGGAUACAAUUAAGGAUAUUUAUAUUUUUUACUUUUGAAUAAAUUUUUAAU